AUGUGGUCGAACCUGCUCUGCCUUUCGACGCUGGUGUUACCUGUAUUGAGCCAAUUUCCCACGACUUGCCCUGCAGCCGACUUCACCAUCAUCGGACCAGCUCUAGAGCCUGUCCAUGAAUCGGCACAAGCACCGACAGGGUUCGCCGUCGACCCAGCGCUCAACAUCUACCUGACAUAUCCACGAAACAGCGGUCCAACGCCUAUCAACGUAGUCAUUGCUACUUCAUUCACGGACGAGGCACCUUGGCCUAAUGCGACCAUUCAAAAUUGUACCGCUACACAGGAUCCCAGCACCUGCUUCAUCAAUGUGCAGAAUGUGGUGCUUGACAGCCUGAAUCAGCUAUGGAUUGUCGAUUCUGGGAUAUUUCCAGGCAACAAGAGUGCCACACCCGGUGGCGCAAAGAUCAUGAGCUUCGACCUAUCAGGCGUCCACCUUGAGACAUAUAUCAUCCCUUCGAGUCUGCUACAUGACAACAUGAACGCCAAUGACGUACGAAUCAAUAACACAGUCGGUGGCGGCAAAGGCUACGCUUUCAUCACGGAUGAGAGCAGCAGCGGCAGCAUUCUCAGCAUCAACCUUGAGAAUGGCUCUGCGAACAGACGCUUAUUCAAUACGAGUGUUGUUAAGCCUGAUCAAGGCUACGUUGGGGUCUACAAUGGCCGUCCGAUCUAUGCCUGGAAUGGAACGAUGCGGAAUUCUGGUAGCAUCGGUAGCGACGGCAUUGCUCUCGCCAGUGGCAAUGUCUACUGGGGUGUCUUGUCGAGUCGUCGUUUCUACUAG